AUGAUCGCGCCUUCAACUCGCGAGACAUAUUAUCUACCUCGCUACUUCGAUGCGUUUCUGCACCACAACAACUUCAACCCCGGAUCAAAAGUUUCCGUUGAUGUAACGACCUUGAUGAAGGACCAGGGCUCCGACAGCUUUCUCCGCAACGCUGUCCUUGCGCUUGGGGCCAUGCAGGCUGUCAAGUUUGGUUCAUCAGAGGGUAUAACCCCAAACAAGGCGUACGAUUCAGCUGUCUACUACUACUUAAACUCAGUAACAGGGCUACGGCAAGCCCUGAGCAAGUUCAACCAUGGGGACAGCGCGCUCCAUUCCAUAUUGUGGACCACUCACUUGCUAGGGUUGUUUGAGCUUAUGACAGAUUCAACUGGACAAGGUUGGGUACAACAUUUAGUAGGUGGCACUUCCAAGGCUCUCGUAGCUGCCGGUCCCACAGUGUGCCUCACAGGUCGGGGUAGGCGAUUCUUCACUGAGAUACGUAUCUUUGAGGUUUGCAGAGCUAUUAUAUUCAAUGAGCCCACCUUUCUUGCGAACUCAGAGUGGAGGUUUCUCACAGCGAGCAUACAUCCCAACGAGCAUGGUAAGGACUGUGGUCUAAAUUCCCUUUUGGAUAUUAUCACUUUAUGUUCGACGCUUCGUGUCCGAGUUCGCCCAAUUCUUUAUUUCCCUGACGCGCAAGUAGAUGGACACACCCAGAAGGACAUCGAUGACGCUUAUGGCAUUGCUCUAGAAGGCUUCCGUUUGAGGCAAGCUCUCGUCGAUUGGGAAGCCGCUAUGACGAGGCCUGAAAGCUCGAAGGCAGCUAAUCACGAACCCACGGAUGGAGCUUUCUUUAUGCUUACUAAAGCAUUCUUCGCAGCAACGAGCAUCUAUCUAUCGGGAGUCUUUGACUACGAGAUGCCAUAUUGGCAGGAUAUGGGUAUAAUAGCCCCGACUCUAAGCGAAGAUGAGAUACAAGGACAUGUCGGCGACAUCUUAACACAUACACGGGAGAUCCUAUUCAAGGCUUCCAUCUCGCCAUUGCUGACUCUGUUCCCACUUCGAGUUGCUGGGGCGAGGUCUUGGGAGACUUGGCAGCAAGAUUCCAUCAUGGACAGUCUUUCGGCAAUUGAAAAGUCAUUUCCUGUUGCGGCUUCUUUUAGAGCAGACUUACAGGGCGUAUGGUCCCGAAGAGAGUUAUUGGCAUGA